AUCCAGCACAGGAACAGCAGCCGGAGGAAGAAGAAGAAGGAAGGGGUGGUGGUAUUUUUGCAAACUUUGUUUGAGCAAUGGAAGGGCUGAUCCCGUUCGUGAUCGACGCGAUCAGGAAGAGCCACCAGAGGGACAGCUACCGCUGCGCCUCGUCGGACGGCAGCUCCCACGGCGGCAGCGGCAGCAGGCGGCACCUCAUAGACUACCGGGAGCUGCCGGCCGGCGCGGCCGACGUCGACGCCAACCGCCACCAAGGCCCAUGGUCGGAGUUUAUCCAGGCGCCGACCGACGUGCGUCGCUCGGAGGAGCCGGCCGCCGCCGUGGUCGCCGGGUCGGCUUAUCGCUGGAAAUGAACACGACGCAGGCGUUGGUGCCUUUCAAGUCUCAAGGCACUUUGUUCUAUUGGAUUGGUUUUCUUCACUGUUUGCCUUAGGAAUGUAAGCAGGGAUUUCGUUUUCGUGUGAUGAGCGUCAAAGGGCGUCUUUGCCAUGUGUGCAUAUAUGUUUGUCAAAUAAAAAUGAAAGAACGACGGAUUAGUUA